GCAUUCACCCAAAACCAGAGGGACAAACAAACACAAGAGGGAGAGAGAGGUCUGAAUGGUAUUCGAUUUGCAGCUAUAGGCAGAGAGAUCGAUCGCAGCAACCCAAAAGACCCCAAUUCCCCCCAAAACCUUGAGCUAGACAGCUCCCACCACCACCACCUCCCGCCCCAAAAUUCUCGCCGAUUUGAAUUCCCUUUCCAUUCCUGGUCUGGUCUUCGAUCAAUCUUAUUCUUCUACUCUGCUUUCCUUUCCUCCAAAAUUCCUUUCUCUUUCCUCAUACCAACAAUCACCUUUUCCACUUAUUCCCCUUUUCGGCUUUGUUGAUCGCUUCGAUCUUCUUUCUCCCCCUUAUUUUAUGUUGCGGCAGAGUUAGUUUUUUUUUGUUUCGGGUUCAGAUUUGACACACAGUGUUCUUUCUUUGGCUGGUGGAAAAUAAUGGGUCGGAUUCAGUUUUGUGAGCAGGGAGCGGCCGCCUCUCUGAGUCUGUCGCCUGUUUGAGGUCGAUUUUCCGGGGUUUCCCCAUCUUUCUGGUUCUGUCUCUGUGGGGGCUCUUUUUGAUGCUAUCUCUGAAGAGUAGAGAUGCGGGAAAGGAGUUAGGUAUUGGCGGUGGUGGGAGGGAGGUGAUGAUGGAGGAAGACACGGAGCUUGAGGAAGGAGAGGCUUGCUCUUACCAUUCUCCUAACAAUGACGAUGACAAUUACACCAUGGACCCCGAUGUUGCCCUCUCUUACCUAGAUGAGAAACUUCAACAUGUCUUGGGGCACUUUCAAAAGGAUUUUGAAGGUGGCGUCUCAGCAGAAAAUUUGGGAGCCAAGUUUGGUGGUUAUGGUUCAUUUUUAUCUAGCCAGCGCUCUCCUGCUUGGUCUCAUCCUCGGGCUCCUCCAAAUGUCCAGCAAAUUAGUAAUUUGUCUAAAUCCCCAAACACUUUACUGCAUGGGGCUAGUCAUCGAAGUUCUGAUUCAUCAGAUGUACCUCAGGCAGUAAGGCCUGGUCCUACUUCUGCUGGUGCAGUAUUACCGCCCUUAACAAAAAUGCCAUCCUUGACUGUGGCUUCACCCAACCAAGAACGCCGCAUGCCAUCUGCUCAUAUUUCUGAGGAAGUGAUAGGUCGUGAAACCUUAACUAAGAAGUCUGGCAGUUUACCGGACCCGAAGAUGCUUAAGUUUCGCAUAAAAGUCGGCUCUGAUAACUUGUCAACACAAACAAAUGAUGCUCUCUAUAGUGGUCUUGGCCUUACUGUCUCUCCAUCUUCAUCAAUGGAGGAUAGUCCCUCUGAAAGUGAAGAGAUGUCUCAUGAACUUCACCAUGCCUCAUUAGAAUCUCCUGCUCAUAUUAUUCGGAUAAUGACUUCUUUCCCAGUGCAUGGAGGGCUUUUAUUAUCACCUCUUCCUGAUCUUCUGAUUUGCUUGACGGAAAAAGAAAGGAUUCCAAGGGAUGGUGGAUCCAUAUCUGUUUCAAAGCUUAGUAAAAGAGUUCUUGCUAAUGGUAAAAUGAAGUUGCUGGAGAGGUGUGAGAUUUCUUCAGAAUCAAAAAAUGACUAUAAAAAGGUUUCUGAAAGUGAUAUCGAGAUUGCAUCAAGGAAGGAGAUGGUCCUUGACAGUCUAGCAUGUGAUCGACUAGUAUCCCAUACCUUAAGGCUGCCACUGCUAUCUAGCUCAUAUUCUACCUCAGGUGAAACUGUAAAAGGCUCGGGGAUGGCUUCUAAUUCAUCAAAGGAAGUAUGCAAGGAUGGUGUGCAGGACAAUGCUGGUAUUGGUCCGGAAAAGGUGCCAUUCAUUCCAAUGGCUUCCCUGGAGGAUGGCUGCAUUGUAAAUUCCAUGGCCACUACGUCUGAAGAUUGGGAAGAUAAGAAAGACGAAUCUUUUGAUAGUGCUUCUGAAUGUUCCAGGAAAGUUGGCCCUUGCAAAAGAGGAAAAUCUUUCAACAUGGUGAAAAUCGAUGCCAAUAUUUCUAAAGUUGGUAAACCUGCGAGAGCCGAGUCAACUGAAUCGAUAAAGCAUAAGGCUGACCAGAAAAAUACAUCCCAGAAAUUUGAAGGUGAAACGUUGAUUCCCAGUAAAGAGUGUUUGGCUUCAGAAGGAAAGAAGAAACCAAAGAAAAGUCAGAGUCAUGGUAAUAUAGUCUCAGAAAUAUCAAAGGCAGGCUCUAUUACUGGCCCUUAUUCAGUAGCAAGAAUUCGGAAGGAUUCUCAUGUUGACGAUUCAACAGAGGGGGAGUUAGAGGACCGCAAAGUCCAGAAAAAUGCUGGAGAAUUUGAAGACCGGUAUCAUGAAUUUUUUGGGGACAUGGAACUAGAACAAGGGGACAUCCAUCCUAGUCGAUCAGAAACAAGUCGUGCGGAUAGGGUGAGGGGUUCACGAGUUGUUGAAAAAGAAACCAAUAGGAUUAGUAAAUCACUGAUCGAGAGAUCAAAUGCAAAGAAAAUUGAUAAGAUGUUAGCAUCAGAGGCAUAUUGCAAGGCAGGUUCAAGUGCUUCUUUGCACCCUCAAAAUGUGCCUGCAUUGGAUGCUGCUCCUGUAUGUACAGAUCCUCUCGUGACAGAAGAUGAUCAUUGGGUUUGUUGUGAUAAGUGUCAGACGUGGAGACUUCUUCCAUUUGGAAAGAAUCCUGAUGACUUGCCGGAUAAGUGGCUAUGCGAAAUGCUUGACUGGUUGCCGGACAUGAAUAGAUGUGAUUUUACUGAGGAGCAAACUACUGAGGCUCUCAUUGCAUCAUACCGAGCUGCUGCUCCACAUGGUCAAAGUGGUCCAGCUGGCAAUUCUGGUGGGCCUAUCACCGAGGGAACCUUGCGCAGUGUUCGAACCCAUGAUGCGAUUGCUGCUAGCCGGAAGAAGAAGCAUGCUUUGAGAGAGCCAUCCAAUAUAGCAGAUAAAGAUGGCUCAAUACAGCUACCCAAUUCUGCAAAGAAAGCAAUGCCAACUUUUGUGCCAAAUGUAAGCAUAAGCGAGGUGAGUCGGUCUCCUAGGAUCAGUGAACCUGAAUUGCUGAAGUCUAGCAGAUCUAGUGACACAGCCAUGGGAAACAAGAAUCCUAAGCUGAAAGAGAAGCACAAAGUGCUUGACAACUUUUCUGUUGGAGGUGAAUCUCGUCAACCAAAGAUGAGAAGCAAAAGGGUACCUGAUGAAGAUGUAGUUAGAGCAUCCAAGAAGGCAAAGGCUGAAGAUUUGUCAGAAGAUCCAAUGUCUGAUUAUGUGUCUGAAAAGAAUGGUCCUAGCAUUCCCUCUGGCAAACUGCCGCCCAAAGAUUCUGAUUGGACUUCUUCUAGGGACUCGAAGAAUGAGCAAAAGAAUCAGAAAAAUGUCUCUGCUAAAAAGCCGAAGGAGGGAGUUCAGGUUACAUUGGAUGUUCGCUCCAUGGAAAAGAGGAAGCAUAAGGAUGGUGAAAUUGUGAAAAAAAGGAAAGCAAAUGGUGACUUUGAUGCAAAUUUGCGACCACCUUCCCCUUUGGCUACAGAAUCCCUUCUCCAGGAUGGUGGAAUCAUGGCAAAGGAAGAUCUCAGUGAUAGUGACUUCAGGAAGGAGAAGAAGGCACGGUUAUCCAGUUCUAUGGGAAAGGAGGUCAGUACUGGUGAAGGUGAUGGUAGAACAGAGAAGAAGGGCAGUCAUGGAAGAAAACUGCUAUCAAGGCGAGAUUUAGGAAGCACAUUGUCACAGAGGAGUUUGGAUGCUGCUGAGUGUUCGAAGAAAGAUUCCGGGAAUCGACAUCUGUCAGUGGCUGCUACCUCUAGCUCUUCUAAGGUUUCUGGGUCCCACAAGACGAAAGGCAACACCCUGGAUACAAAAGGCUCCCCAGUAGAAUCAGUUUCAUCGUUACCUAUAGGAACACCAAAACCAGAUAAACUUGUAGCUGCAGCAAGAAACUCCGAGAGGCAUGUUAUCAGAGAGGGGAAGAAAGAUAAAAAUAUUGAUUUGGGUCGUCAUGGGUCUCUUGAGCCUUCUUACGUUGAUUUUCCAGAGGACUUUAGUCAAGGUUUACCAUCUGCAAAAGCUAAGCAACAGAGUGUGCUUACUUCUACAAAUCAACAGAUCAUAAGUGCCACUACAAAUUCCUCUGAUAAAUAUACUCAGCAUCAGAGCAGGUCAGAAAAUAUGGACAAACACCACAAUGAUGAGAGGCCAAACGGAAAUCAUUCUCAAUCAAAUGGAUAUCUCGCAAGGAAGUCCUCGAAUGAAACAUCAUCUUCAAGGUCCAAGGACCAAAGUCUUGAUUCUUCAGAGAAGGUAAAACCUAGAGUUUCUGAUUCUACUACAGAGCAUGUAGUGUCUUUUGGAGUAAAACCGGGGGAUAGCCAAAACAAGGCAGAUGAGAAAAUUGGUUUCAAAUCUGAAAAAAAAGAGAGUAGACACCUAGAUAAGAGCUCUGCAGGACUAUUGCUUGUAGGGAAUGGCAAAACAGAUGCUCGCCCAAACUUAGGUGGCCGCAAUGAUCCAGGUGAUAAAUGUCCUGCUACUAUUACUGAUGAUGCAAAAGUGAGUUUACCACUGGAAGGCCAGAUGAGCUCAGGUAAAGAGAAGGCAAUAACAGCAAAUCCAUGUGGGUUAAUUCAAGAAGAGAAAUCACUCUCCGUUCCUGGUAUGCAAAAAGGAAAUGGAGGGAGGGUUUUGUCUGUUAGUGCCUCCGGCGGUGACAAUCCAUCCAAGCCACAGAAGCAGUCCAGGAAAGUUAACCAUCCCCCAAAUGGGAUAAAUCACAGCUCAGGGAACCAGAUAUCAAACGGGCAAAGGAUCAGGGAUCAUGAUGCCCCGAGUCCAGUCAAAAGGGAUUCCUCCAGUCAGGCUGCCAACAAUGCUUUGAAAGAGGCUAAAAAUCUAAAGCACCUGGCAGACCGUCUGAAGAACUCUGGGUCAGCUCAGGAAAGUACAAGGCUUUACUUUGAGGCAAGCCUGAAGUUUCUUCAUGGAGCCUCACUCUUGGAAUCUGGAAGCAAUGAAAAUGCGAAAGAUAUGAUCCAGUCAAUGCAAAUCUAUACUAGCACUGCCAAACUCUGCGAGUUUUGUGCCCAUGAAUAUGAGAAGUCUAGAGACAUGGCUGCUGCUGCUCUUGCCUACAAAUGCAUGGAGGUGGCAUACCUGAGGGUAAUUCAUUGUUCGCAUUCCAGUGCAAACAGAGAUAGACAUGAGUUACAAAUGGCUUUACAGAUGAUUCCUACAGGUGAGUCACCUUCCUCUUCUGCCUCUGAUAUUGAUAACUUGAAUCACCCAACAUCAGUGGAUAAAGUAACCUUAGGAAAAGGUAUCAGCUCACCUCAAGUUAUGGGAGGUACCAUCAUUGCUGCCCGAAAUCGCACCAAUGUUUCCCGGCUGCUCACUUUUGCACAGAAUGUUAACUUUGCAAUGGAAGCAUCAAGAAAAUCACGGGUGGCUUUUGCAGCUGCUAGCAUAAGCUUGGGAGACUACCAAAGCAGGGAGGGUAUUACUUCCAUUAAAACAGCUCUUGAUUUCAGCUUCCAUGAUGUAGAAGGAUUACUACGUCUAAUACGGCUUGCAGUUGAAGCUAUUGGCCGAUAAUUAAUGGAUGCUUGUGUUUGGAGAUGAUAUCAAUUGUGAAUGAAGCUUUCUUCAGCUGGUAUUCUUUUGGAAUCAAGCUUCCCACAACGCUAGAGAGCCCGGGCUUACUGUGUUGCAGUCUUUGAUCAAUCUGCCUUGAGAUCGCGAAUUCCUGUUGGCUCAUGUACAUAAUACACAAUUUUGGAUUUUAAGUACACAUCUUGCCUGGAAACUGGAGAAGGAUGGUAUUGAACUUCAGCCAAAUGUUUUUGAAGACUGUACAUUUAGGCUAUUUUGAGGUCCAACGUGAUUUAGACCCAGAUGUGCCGAACCGAGAAAGUCCAUACGAGGUUUUAGAUUCUUGAUGGACAGAGUUUCCCAUUACCUUAGCAAUGGUUUUAGCCAAGAGGGAUUUCAGGUCUGAUGCUUGCUGUUCUCGUGCCGGGGCAACAUUUGAUUGUUGGAGGAGUAUGGUUUGUAAUUCAUUGUAAUCCAGCUUAGACCUAUGACCAAUGCUGGUAGUUUCAUUGGUGAGAGCAUCAUGUACUGAGGAUCGGUAACCUGAAUGGCACCGCAGAUUAUUUGACCCCGAGGAUAUAUUGUUGCAGCAGGAACAUUUUUGCCUGUUCUUUUCUUAAUAAAGACAUGUAGGAAUAAGUUGAAUGACUUAUUUUUUAGAGGGAAAUAAUAAAGCGGCAGAAUGAGCUGGAGAGUUGCUGCUUGAUAAAAAGGGAUGGAGGAUCUAUCCUUGGACAUCCCGUCAUUGCAAAAGACCCAAACAGGUAAAAGUUAGCCUGGUGGUUCUCGGUUCUGAUUUGCAGAUCUAGGUUGGCGCACACUCGUGAUUGGCUAUCGUUUAUAGGAAUGCUUGCGUGAGGUCUAAGGUACCAUACCUGCGAUUCCAGUAGGUGUUGGUGUCUUGAGGCUAUAUUAUGAGAACUUUCUUGGCGAUGGAGGAUCUCUCUGCCCUUCCUCUGCAUUAAGGGUAUGUGUGUGGGCGUAGGUUUAGUCCAUAUGAUAAGUUGCUGUAAAUAAGCCGGUGCCAUAAGUAACUGGAAGUAAUUCUGACAACCGUAGAUUCUGUGUACAGUAGUUGAAUUAGAAUCAGGUAUAGUACUCAUUUAUCAGUCAACAUUUUUGGAAAAAAUAAGAACACCAGUAGGUACAAGGAAUGUGCUUUCGGCUGGAUGUAUGGUUGAGCUUAGUAACAAUGAAUUGCGUCUUGGACCUCAAUCCCUCUAUCAAGACUUAAUGUAUGUUCCUGACCAGUCCUGUGAAAGAGGUUAGGAGAACAUAUAGGGUUAUGAAAUUCUAAAGAAGUAAAGAUGAGAAAUGUUGUAAUGAAGGAUGGCAAAAAUAUCGCCGUUACCGUGGAUAUCCGCCCGAAUCCGGCCUAAUCGGGUAGGGUAAAAUCCUAACCCGAAGGACUUUUAGUGGGUACGGGUAAAACUCGAACCCGAAUAUUGUGGGUAAUGGGUGGGUCUGGUUUUCUCACUAUCUAGCCCGAACCCGCCCGAUUAUAACAUGUAUAUGUAUUUUGUCUAUAAAUAAUCAUUAAUUUUCUCUAACAUAUUUUAUAUUUAGC